UAACACCGAUAACAGAAUGCGAAGGACAACGACACCAAACGACAAGUGGGGGAACAAAACGAUAAAGGGCUGUGCGAGUGCGACGACGAGAGAUAGACUUUUGGGACGGAGAAACACCAAUGCGAAGGAGAAAAAAGUUUCACAAUUUCAAAAUGCUCAACCCUGACCAUCGCCUCUUCUAGAAAGAAGAUUUGGGGAAAAAAGAAACAGAGCAUUUUAGAGAUUUCAACCAACACACAUUUUCUCAGUAAAAAAAUUUAAAAUCAAUGUCAACCAAUGACAACGCGCCACGUGACAUUGUCAAACCUGUUGCCAAAAAAUGGUUGUUAACGUAUCGCUGCCCAAAAACAUUACCGUAACGACUGAUGUGUCAUUUCAAAAGAAUAAUAGCUCACUACCCAAACGACGUUGCUCCCCCGGCGAAAUCUUCAUAAAACGUCGCAGCCUAAAACGACUCGUCGUACAACUCAUGUCCUAGCGAGUGUGAACACUCCAAUCCCUUCCUUCUCCAUCCACCACACCGAAACACCAAAUCACAACGACGUCGUUCCAGCAACCACCGUGUCCAAACCCUAGUUUUCUCUCUUCCUCCCAUGUCCUCCGAAGACAUCACCCUCGUCCCCGACCAGAGGAUCGAGAACGGUCUCAGCUCCCCUCUUGUCUUCCAAGACGACCCUCUCCGCUUCAAUUGCCCCACGCCGCAGCGUCGGGUCGGAGACCCGGGUCCUAAAACCCGUGAACUCGGCGCCUUCAUCGACGAGAAGAUGUUCAUUGACCGCGACCGCUUCUUCGCCGCUCAGAACCCCGACUUCCGCCGCUACGCCGAGUGCUCCUCCCGCCAAGAGCCCCGCAAUUGGACCGUCAACGGCACCGCCGCCACUCCCAGCGAGGACGACGANUCCGACGAGGANGACGAAGAUGACGANGAUGANGACGACGACGAAGGNGAUACNGAAGUUGAAGGACUCGUCGGUGGUGGAAGCAAAAGGGAAAUUAUCGCUAAUAACAACGGUGGCGGUGGUAAUUUGCCUUCUGUUGCAAACGGGAAAGCUCACGCUUUUGUUUCUGGGAGAGACCUGUUGGGGAAGGAUGGUGGAGAUAUUGGGCAGUUGGUGCUUAGCAAUGUGAAUGGUGGUGGUGAUGAAGAUCAUCGGCAAGAGGGGUUAGGUAAGUCUCAGAAUUCUGUCACCGUUGCUGAAACUGACUGUGAGGAGUACUAUUCGCACUACCUUCAAGGUGCUGAUGGGGUUUCUGGCCACAAAGUUAUGGUGGAUGAUGGUGGUUGUGGGUUUAGUGGGAGAAAGGAUGCAAUGUAUUCUACCGAGUCAGGGGAAUCACUCAGGAAUAUUCUUUCAGAUCCUGUUACAAAGCUUGCUGCACCUGUUCUCAACCCACAACCGAGGAAUCAAUAUCUCCAAACCUAUGCAUAUCGUCGAGAAGAGGAGUCUCAAUUCUACCGGUCACCUAAAAGAAGAAGAGAGAGAUUUGAUCAGGGUGGAUUUGGAGACUCAUCUGUUAUGGAACCAUCAAGGAAUAGAGGUGUUCAGUUUCCGUAUGCUGUUAUGGACCGGGUUGUCAUAAAGGGAAACAAAAGGAUACCACAACGCUUUGUUGGGCGUGAAGCGAUUGUAACAACGCAAUGCCUGAAUGGAUGGUAUGUAGUGAAGACAUUGGACAAUGCAGAGAGUGUAAAGUUGCAGUAUCGAUCACUCGCGAAGGUUUUGGAUGAUCCUUCAAAGCCUUCCUCCAGCAAGAUGUCACCUAAUUGGCUUUAGAACUGCUGCAGACAGUCAUCAAAUACUUCUACACCAAAAUUUUCGUUGUAAUUCCAUUGUUGUAUUCCUUGCGAGAAACUCUGCUAGAUGAGUUUGUACAUAUUGAAACCAUGAUAGGUUCCUAAAUUGGGAACCUAAUCAAGAACUUUCUUCCUCACCAAAAAGACAUCGAGAAAGAAAGAAAACUGAAUAGUAUUCACAGUAAGAAUGUCUGUAUAGUAGGAUACAAAGGCUUAACCCUCUUCACAGGUCAA